UAUAUAGGAACUUAUAUGCUAUUGGUGGUUCGCUCCUCGUGCAUUCACACACAACAUUGGUGCUGCGACCUGACGCUAGAUGCUAUAAGAAUGAAAGAAGAUCAACACAGCCGUAGUGAUCGUAUGUUGGCAAUGUGCUAUUUCAUGCCGCUUGGUUCUGCGCGCACACCCAAGCAACACUCCCAACCUCACCUCACCGAAAUCCAGCUGCAGCAUGUCAAUGAGUUCAAGUGCACAGAUUGCAGACCUCCAAGACGUCUUUGAAACAGACUGUAUGUGUGUUGCAUUCAGCACAUUGAUCUUUUAUGAUCACAUCGUCAACAUCGAGGAAGAGACUCAGUUCAUCUGGAGAAGAAAAUUUAACGGCGCAUCUUGGACCCUUCUCGCUAAUCGCAUACUCCUAUUCGUGUACGCGAUGAGUCUGUUGGUGCAAGUAUUUGACUGGGACACCUACUUGGGCUGUGCAGCAACUCUCUUUUUGUUCUAUGCAUCCAAUCUCGCGCUGUGUGUGGUCGUUGCAGUGUUCUCAGCCCUCCGGGCAUAUGCGAUCAGCUCCCGAAAUGUCUUUGUUGCGCUCUCAGUGUUCUCUUUCGGAGUAGCACCGAUACUCAUCAACAUGUACACUAUCAUUGAAUCAUCAGACGUAUUCGUCGGUUGGAUAGGUAAUGCUCCUAUGUGCUACCAGAACUCCAGAUACUCCGUUGGAACGGCUCAGCUGUUAUACAGCUUAGCUGGCUCGUCUGCGAUUUUCUCGGAUAUGAUUGUCAUUGGCGCUACGUGGUCCAGGACGUACGCCGCUAGUCGGCAAGCGAGAGUUCACGCUCCGCUCAUGGAUCUCGUCUUUCGCGACGGCACGACAUAUUUCUUUUUAAUGUUGAUCCUCAACAUCGCACAGACUGGCGUGGCAACCCUAUGGUUCGAUGACGCGACUACAGAUAGCUCAUAUACCUCAUACUUCAUCAUCCCUCUCGGUCCGAUACUCAUCUCACGCUUCAUUCUCCACCUACGCCGGACCAGCCUGUCGCAUGAGUCCUCAACACACGAGACAUCGACCGCCGAGCCACGGAGCCGCUCGCCUACGAUGCAUUUCCGUACUAGAACACUCCAACUUGCAUCCAGCACAGUCGACGAUAUGGGCAGCUCGCUUACCUUCAUGUCCGGCUUCAGUGGAGAUGUUCGCGAGGAUGAUGCAAAUGCAGACGUAUCCAACCACGAGCUCAACCCAGCAGUGGGGCUACAUGACUUUGAUUAAGUCUUCGUACUACGUGGUAUCCCCCAAUUUAUGGUCCGAUUCCGAUAUUCAA